AUGCUGGGCCUGGACGACUCCGAGGAGCCUCCGCAAGAGGAAGCCUACUUGGAGAUUUCUGCCUUUCCAAGCUUCACAGAGCUCCUUGCAGCCUCUGAGCAGUAUGCACGUCACAGCGGCUGCCGCUUCCGACGGGCCGCAUUCGAGGAUUUGGAGGAAGGUUCUGAUCCGGACCUUCGGGCUUCUAAAGUUCAAGCCGCCCCAGUUGUGAAGGAGUUUCUGGCGAGACUGGAAGGGUCUCCAGACCAGGCGCUGCUGAAGGACUUUAACGAAGCGUUUCACAUCCUGUGGAGGGAGAGUAUGCGCAGCUCCAUGGUGGCAAGGUGCCACCAGUUGGAUCUAUGGCCGCCAAGCCCUGCGCCUAUUGGCAUUGCGGAGGACGACGUUGACUACGAGGCAGACGCUACGUCUCUGUUUGUCAUUGCCCAGCGCUUGUACAACGAAGACCGUCAACGUGACGCAUCAACUGUCAGGCGUUUGUCUACGGCAUCCUUCCUUGCCGACUUCGCAUAUGAAGCGGGCAUUCCGACUCCGGAGUUCUUCCGAAGCAGGAAUCCGGUCGUUGACAAGUUUGAGAAGAUGGCAGAUGAAUAUGAGGAGAAGAUGUUCUCAUCGGCACCACGUCGCCCUCACAAAUGGUGGCUGCCAUGGAACAUGAUUUGGGAUGCGGGUUCUUGGCUCUACAGCGUCUUCUCACGAGCGUUUCGACCCAUUAUGGAUGCCGCCUGCACGUCGCGCCAGAAGAAGCUCGAAUGA